CUAUCAAUCAAACAGCAAUAGGCUCAACCGUAUUUUUAUGUUAUGAAACGAUUAUCGUCGAUAGUAUCAAAGAUGUUGCUCGUGCCAAGAAAGUCAAAAUUACCAACCGAAGAGAUGUCAUAAUGAGAGGCGUCAAGAUUGAUAAGGAUAAAAAUGUUUCAAUUGAUGAAAUCUUGAUGAAGAACAGUGACUUUAAACCGUUUUAA